GAGCAGCAGCUGGGCGGAAAAGGCGGGAGAAGACUGCCGCUUCCGCGUCCGCGCAGCACAGACACUGGGGCAAAAUGGACGAUAAGUUAAUAUUGGCCGUAUUUAAUUACCCAGAGCUUUACAAUAUCACUUUGCCGAACUACCGCUGCACGGAAAGUCGUGCAAAUGCUUGGAGGAACAUCAGCAUCGGCCUGGGUCUGCCAUCUGAGGAAUGCAAAAGAAAAUGGAAGAACAUGAGAGACAGGUACCUGAAGGAAAUCCGAAUGGAGAUCAAAAGCAAGAAGCAAGGAGAAGUCAUACAAAGCAGAUGGAAAUACAGACAGCUUAUGAAUUUCAUAGCACCCUUCACUGGAUCGAGGAGCGGCGUGGCAGACAUCUGCGGCAGCAACGACGACGACCACGACAAUCCUGACAACGAAUCGGGCAGCGCUGACGGAGAAACCACUUUACCGGAGGCCGUGAAGACGCCGCAGAAUAUCACCAAGGUCCCGGUGAGUCCACCUGACCUGAAGCCUCAGGUGACUUUUGUUCCUCAACUCCCUCCAGCGUCUCAGGACACACAGAUGGCCCAGCUGGCCGUUCUCGCCAAGAUGCCGUCCGGCCCACAGGUCACCCCCGCCAGCAACACCGGACGCAAACGGCGGCUGAUGCAAGAUUCGCUGUCGCCGCCUUCCUCUCAAAGUUCAACGCUGCCGACAAAGUGGCUGGUCAAGGACGGUGUCAACCCCUGUCCCACCAGACCGCGGGACGAGGACGAACUGUUUCUGCUGAGCUUCGUUCCCGCUCUGAAGCGACUCGCUCCCCAGAAAAGGUGCGAGACGAAAAUAAAGAUCCAGCAGAUUAUGUACGAAGCGGAGUUCAAUGUCGCACAGCCAGAAUCUCAAGAGAAAAAGGAGACGGAAACACCGAACUAAUCUGAACCGACUUUUUUUUAAAACUUAAUUUUGUUUUUUAAAAAUCCUCUUCCACAAAAUUAUCAAAAUGUCUAUUUUUCUUAAUUUACAGCACAAAAGUGGUUGAGAUUGAAGUACAACUAUUUUUCAUGUAAAAUAUGAUUUGGUGCUUCUUGAUUUGUGUAUUUAUUAGACAAGUAAAACUUGUUUGGCAAUGAAGUCCUGAUAGAUUUACACCUUAACAGAAAAAAAAAGACAAUUACUAACCUCUUCAUUUACAUAGCUUUACUGUCAAUAGAGUGAAUUGACAUUUAGAAAAGUUGCUUCAUGUUCAAUGAAUCAAACUUGACUUUAACUCUGUAAUCUACAGUAUUUUACAUUCAAUUACAGUGAAAAACAGUAAAUUGAGCAGAAUAAAAGCUUUUACAGUUUGGAAAGGAA